CUGAGAAAUGAGAAUAUCCAUUACGAUAGGUGGCGCUAGGUGGUGAAACGGUCUAUCACGCCCAAAUAACGAACCGCGAGGCGGAAGUAAAUACAUGGCAUGUGACAUUUGACAACACACUGCAUUUCUGUGGCAUCAUGGGGGUUCACGGACUUACGAGUUUUGUGGAAGGGAAUCGUCAGUUCUUCACUGAUAUGAGACUGCGAGAUUGCCGCCUUGUGAUUGAUGGGUGUAGCUUGUAUUAUCGAUUAUAUUUCAACUCUGGAUUGGAUCAAGCACGGGGCGGAGACUACGACACCUUUGCGGUGUUGAUUCGACAAUUUUUUGCAGCACUAACCGAAUGCGCCGUGCAGCCCUUCGUCGUGUUAGACGGCGGAAUGGACCAGACGGACAAGAAGUUCAAGACGCUACAGGAAAGAGCCCAAAGCAAGAUCCGAGAGGCAAACACUCUUUCCCGAGGAUUUCACGGUUUCGUUCUCCCACUGCUUGUAUGUGAAGUCUUCAAACAGGUCCUUUCAGAGCUUGGCGUACCUUUCGUCCAAUGCAUUUCUGAAGCUGAUUUUGAAAUAGCUUCUCUUGCCAAACACUGGGGAUGUCCAGUUUUGACGAACGACAGUGAUUUCUACAUCUUCGACCUUAAAGGUGGCUACCUACCGUUUUCAUUCUUCCAAUGGAAUAACGUCUGCGGCAAGGCCACUGAACGCUACGUCCCUGCAUGCCAUUUCAGCGUGAACCGUUUCUGUUCGCAUUUCAACCACAUCAACAAGCAGCUCCUCCCUCUAUUUGCUGUUGUCCUCGGGAACGACUACACGCCUGGUAAAAUAACCGAGAUUUUUUUCAGCCGCGUCGAGCUUGAAAGAGUACCAUCCGGUAGGAAAUCUGGACGUAGCGGCAGUCCUCGAAUUGAGGGCUUUUUGCUUUGGCUGUCUCAGUUUACCAACCCAGUAGUUGCUCUGGAGGAAGUCCUGGAGAUUUUAGGUGAACAACGGAAAGGAAACUUACGUGCGCAGAUUUCCGCAGGAAUGCGGGACUACCAACUUCCUCAAAGUAGCAGUUUGGCUCAAUACUUCUCAAGUCCCCAACCUGCACUUCCAGACGCCCAGGGGCUCCCGGCAGCACUGGUUUCUCAACCCGAAUGGCUUUUAAGGAUGUUUGCAUCAGGUAAGCUGCCGUCCUUGGUCUUGGAUGUGCUUGUACACCAGAAGGUUCUGCUGCUUGCGCAGGUGGAGAAUAGUAACCUGCCUAGCAGUCAUACAACGUCAUUGAGCAUCCGAAAAACCAUCUACAGCCUUCUGCUUGAAAAGGCAAGACAUGAUAGUCAGACGCCACAGGCGGUCACUCAGAGAGGAAGAGGAAGGGGAAGACAAUCUCAGGGUAAAGGAGGACAACAGUGUGACGUCCCGUGUGUUGAUGAGUAUGACAGACAAAAUCUGAUUCUCAAGAAAAACACAGUGGAGGCUCAGCGACCCAAGAGUGUGCCACAGCUUGAGCUUGCAGCAAUUGACAAGGCAUCUAUAAAAGUAAGACUGCAAAUUUUGCUGGGAACGCUGGGUGUGAUGGACCACGUUUUACAGCCGUUACCACCUAAUCUUUGCCUUCCAGUGUGUGUGACGUAUUUCUGGAUGAAUAACUGUAAACCAAAGCCCUGUCAGCCUCUACUGCAGGCCAUAUUGUUGGGCAUUGUGUAUGGAGAACUCUGCUGGAGAACGGGCCAUCCUAAUGACCCGUUAUUUGGCAGCAAGGCUUCUGCUUCUGUAUGUCAGCGAUUAUCUCAUCUGAGGGUCAAUCCAGGACAAAGGAGGGGCCUUGAUCUGGGUGUGGCCCAUUUGCUCAGCCAAUGGCAGUCAUGUAUGUGGGUGGCGAUGUUCCUGAACCAGUUACUCUGUUUCCCGCUACCUGAACCUCAGUGUGCCUGGAUUUUCAGUGGUACUCUGCUGCAUGGUCUUGAGGCUGCCAUAAGAGGGGGUCACCAGUGUGAGUCUCUGCUCGCAGGGGACGCUGUUGCUUGGCAGCUCUACUCCAUCCUGCUAGAGGCAUUGACGGGUCCUGCAGUAUCAGCAACAGCAAGCAGGGGCAGAGGAGAGGGGCAGAGACAGCCACAGCAAAGAGGAAGGGGCCAUGGGGGAAGAGGACGGGGCAACGAAGGGAGAGGGAGAGGCAAUAGGGGAGGAAGUAGGGGCAACAGAAGCAGAGGAAUGACGUCUUCAGGCAUUGCUUUGGACAACAGCUUUGCACUGUUGACCGUUGAUGACCCCGAGUGGUGGACUUGAAAUGAGAAGUUGGUUUUAGCAGAGAAGAAGAGAAUUUCAAAUAUAGCUAUGUUUUUAACUACGUUCUUAUGCGGCCUUUCACUUUAUAAAAGAAUGAUGUGUUGGAGGAUGUGCCACUUUUCAAAUAAGAGUAGCUUUGUUUACUUUGGAAAUGUUUUACUAUGAGAGCUGUUAUAUAUGCACUAGGUUAAUUUGCACUGAAUGUACUUUGCAGCUACAUCAUGAAAAUGGUCUGUUUAGUGUAGCCUUUUAUACUAUUUUAACUUUGUAAAUGAUCAAAUUACUCUCUUGGGACCAAUGUUUUGUUGCUCCACUCCCUUUUUAUGAAAUAUUUAAUGGUGCUUACUGUCAUAUGCUAGUAUCAUUAAUGUUUUUAAUAGAGUCUGAUUCCUCUCCUUAAUUAGGGAAAGCUUCAUUAUUGUGUCAGUGAGACGACAGCCGAUAUGUGUCAUCGUGACUGAAUACAAAACUAAAAGUGUCAUUGUGUUUCAAAACAGCACAUAAUCUCUUGCUUCCUUGCUGUUGCUCUCUGGAAUUUACUCAGACUGAAAUUAAGAAGCAAAUUAGCAAGUGCAGUUUUAUUGGAAAGUGUCAUUGUGCUUUUACUUUAAUGGGUAAAUUUUCAUAUAGUGCAAGUAUCAUUUAUAUUUCAAAGUACUUGUUUCUGAAAUGGCUGAUUGCACUUAAUCAUGGAAGGUCUGUUGAUGACUUAAGAAACAAGUUAAUCAGUAACACACAUUAACAUAUAAACAUAGCAAAAGCAAAUUACAAGCAAAAACCUUUUAAAAUUUCUGAUGAAUUAGUGAUGAAUUUUAAUCUCAAAAGGAGGUUGAAUGUAAUCACUUCUUUGCUCUGAUAUUUUAGAGUUGGCAACUGAAUAUGAAUUAUAACUUUGUUAUAUUAAAAUUAGUGCACAUCCAAAAUAAAAGUUGUUGUUUACAUAAUAUAUGUGUACUGUGUAUAGUUAUGUAUAUAUAAAAACGCAUUCAUGCGUGUAUAUAUUGAUGAAAAAUAUGUUGUUUAUAUAUUAAAUAUAUAAACUAUAUUUUAGAAUCUGCAAACUGAUAAUUAUUUAAUCUAAAUAAGAGGGAUGAUUAAAAAAAAAAUGUUAUUUUUUAUUUAGUACUGACCUGAAAAAGAUAUUUCACAUAAAAGAUUACAAGAAAAAAAUAAUAGCUGAAUUUAUAACAAUUACCCCAUUUGAAAGUGUACAUACACUUAACUCUUACAAACUGUUGUUACCUGAAUGAGCUGUUUUUUGGUGAUAGUUGAAAGGGGGAAGUAAACUUUUGAUCUCAACUGUAUACUCUAUGUGUAUUUAUAUAUGAAUAAUAAAUGUACACAGUAUACACACAUAUGUAAAGCAAAACUUUUAUUUUCGAUUAAGA